GUUCACACCAGCUCACGUUCUUCCCAAAUGGACAGAGAGAGAGAGAGAGAGAGAGAGAGAGAGAGAGGAGGUGAGAGAGUUUAACUGGAUUAAAUCUAAAGAUGUAAACAAAACCGAAAUAUUCAGAGUUGGAUUUUAGGAUUUUAAUGACUGUUUGGACAGAGGAACAUUCAAGAACACCUGGACUUUAUCAAACACUGAAAACUGCAGACACUUUAGUGAAUAAAACAACAAAUCAAGUCUUUUUAAGAAAAGGGAACAGUCUCUCUGCAUACUUUAGCCUUUAUUUUCUGCCUUUUCUUUCUUAUAAUAAUAAUAAUAAUAAUAAUAAUAAUGAUAAUAAUUAAUUUCUUGACCUUCUCUGACCCACUGUUGCAGCUCUUGCUCUGAGGUUUUUUUCCUUGUUUUGACUUUAGUCCUGCACCAACAUCUCUGAGUAAAGUCCAUUUAUGAAAAACUACUUCACUCCUUCCCUGCCUCAGAAUCAGAUCCUGUUGGACUUUAGUUCCCUAAACCCUGACUCAGACCGUGGUGGACACCUGGAGCAGGAAAUGAAACGUUACUCUCGGGAACAUGUCUCAGACGGUCGAUUUAAACCUUUUACUGAUUUGUUAAAGUUGGUUUUUAUCCCACAAAAGUCCGCAUUUUGGGAGUCAGGGGCCAUAUGGUUAAAGUCUGCUGAAGUGUGACUUCGCACCUCCACACCGUGGCGCAUGGAGACACUUGGAGACGCGUCAAAGCGCAAUUUGGCACCAGCAGCUCGGGGUCCUGAUAAAUAGGAGCUUCCUCUGCUCAGCCACACAUCCUCUGAGGACUUAAAGCAGGACUGAGCGCCACUCUGAAAGAAGGAACCAUGGAGACUUUAAUUGGAAACAGCGGAUUAUCCUCUGGUUUUACUGGGAACAGUGUCUCACUGCAGCCCGGUGGUCUGUGGAGACCGUGGACUGGAACUGAGGACAGAAGUGGAUCUCUGAAGGUGAGUUUUGAUAACCUGGAGUCUUUAAGGUUCAUUAGUUCAUAUUUAUGUUUGUAAAUGAACUCUCAGGUCUGACUAAACUUUCCUUCUUUUCUGUUAAAGGCUCACAGUGAGAAUCCUCCUGAAAAACCGACCAAAGCUCCUCAGGUCGUCCACCCAGUCAAGUAAGUUUCAGCUUCACUCUUCAACAUUCGUCUGUUAGAGUGUCUCAUUGAUUGAUUGGUUGAUUGAUUGAUUGAUUUUCUCUCCUUUUAAAGGUUGUACUGGCCCAAAUCCAGAUGUUUCGAUUAUCUGUACCAGGACGCAGAGAUGUUGCUGCGGAACUAUCCGGUCCAAGCGACCAUCUGUCCGUAUGAAGACUCCAGCAGUGAUGAAGAAGACAGUGAGGAUGAGGAGGAGGAGAUGGAGAAGGAGCUGAACUGAUGAUGGAGAUGAACUCUUGUAUAUUCUGAUAAUAUAUUCCUCUUAACUUAUUCCUGUAAAUAUCUGUAAAUAGACUUUUUCAUUUCUCAUGAAUUCAAAC